CUUCCCUACACAGCAAGGUAUCAAGCCUAGCCACACGACACCCGGGCCCAACUUGCAGGUAGUGCCGCUCUUUACGGUGUUAGGGACUGUUUGCCCGUCUCGUCCCAGGAACUACCUCUCUCAGGGUGAGCGCCGAGCGAAUUAUGGGCCCCUCAUCGAGCCGAUUAUACCCACUCUGCGGCUCAUACCUAAGUUCAUGAAACAGCAGACGGACGGUACCACAAGCUCAUUCAAAUCGUCAAAGGAAUAUUGAACACUUCCCACUUUAUCCCAAGUAACCUGACUGGGAACAUCCCAAACAUGCCUGCCUAAACCCCACCUCCAAACAUAAGCCCAAGCCUCGUAAACCUGCGGUCUCCGAUGGCGAUAACCCGUCUCGUCUCCUCUGACACGCUCCUCACCGAGAUGGUCAGGCGCUUCCCCGCCCGUCCAUUCUCUAUCGUCCAGUGCGACUCCAAGGUCCGCCUCCCAGAAGCCCGUGGUGCGAUACCGGCUGUCGGGCUUCACCCACUUCCACGCGGGGUACCGGACCUGAAGGACUGCUGCGCCAUUGUCAUCAUCAUCAUCAUCAUCAGCCCCAUCGUUGCUAGAUCUAUGAGCCGGUCAUCGGGGUCGCCUGCCACGAAGAAGGUGCCGAGGGACGUGGAGUCCUUGGCUGCAGAAAGAGUGCUCGGGAAGAGGAAGGCUGUGGUUAUUAUUGACGAAAACGCUGCGCUCGUCUGCGCCUUGAACGGCCGUUGCGAGUGUCUCGUGACGCCCCAAGCUGGAAAGAAGGUGGCCAGGCUGUUAAACUUGGGCCGGCCAAACGAAGGCUUUGUGCUGUACCGGGUUGUGGUCCGCCAUGAUCAACAUCAAUCCGAUAAUCAAAAUCUCAGGCAGCGACCUGUGACCGAAUACAUUGGUGCCGGUAGGGGGCAGGAGAGAAUGCUGUCCAGCAAGUCGAAUCAGCCCUUCGUCGUCUGCUGGGCGUCUUCUGGCAGGCCUGGCGAGGGAUUUGAGAAGUUUGCGAGCUGGGCAUGUCCGUUGGUUCACAUCGGCCAAGAGGUGCGGUGGCACACGGUAUCUAUCUACCAGCACCGAUUUCCCCCACUCUGCAGUCGUCUUAGUUUCAAGCCAGAUUGGGAGCUGUUUGUCUGA